AUGGCCACCACACAAAAAGACAAGCCUGCAGUCGUCUGUGUCUUCUGCGGCUCAGUGGCAGGCAAUGACCCCAUUCACAUGGAAACCGCCCGCGCCCUAGCCCACGAAUUCCACAAGCACAACGUCCAGCUCGUCUACGGCGGUGGCACAAAGGGGCUAAUGGGCGAGCUGGCGCGCACUCUCGUCUCCCUCUCCGGCCCACAAGCCGUCCACGGCGUGAUCCCGCGGGCGCUCGUCCGCGUAGAACCAGGCUACGACAACAAGCGGGAGGAGGAGAAGCCCACGGAGAGCAGCGGGAAGGGCGCGGAGCGGACCAUCAAGGAACCGCUUGACAAGACUGCUCUGCUGGGAGAGUCCGAGUACGGGACUACGACGAUUGUGCCGGACAUGCAUACGCGGAAGCGGCUUAUGGCUGAGAAGGAGGUCAUGGAGAUGACGACGUGGAAUCAGCUGGGUAUUCACCAUUUGGGGAUUGUGUUGCUGAAUGUCAAUGGGUACUGGGAUGGGCUGUUGUCGUGGGUGCAGAGCGCUGUCAAGGAGGGGUACAUUGGUGCAGACAAUGGCAAGAUCCUAGUCGAGGCGAAGGAUCCUCGCGAGGUUCUGCCGAAGCUGCUGGAGUACCGGGUUAGCAAUGGCAGGAUGGACCUGGAUUGGGGCCAGGAAUGA